AUGAACAUAAAUGAAAUUAUAGAAAGCAAUGAAGCUAUAAAAGCCCAAUUUAUCAUUAUAGACUCAGAUUCAAUUACUGCAAAUCACACUUUUUAUUAUUCUCUCGUUUGAGAAGAUAUUUCUAUAGACAUCAUUGAAGAAGUACUUAAAUCAAUUAGUGGGCUUUAUGAAAAUGGAAUUGAGUUUUAUAAUCUUCCAGUUUACACAAUUAUACUGAACAAGACUCCGUCUUUAAGAAUUCUUUAUGAUCGAAGAUAUAUUGACAAAGUUGCAAAGCCAAGGGAUGAAAAUUCUUUAUCUUUAAGUGAUUAUGUUCAGAAUAUGUGAGAAUCUGUCAAUGAAAUUUUUUUUAAUACAUGAUUUGAUCAUAGUUCAUUCCUGGAGGUUAUUCCUAAAGAAGAAUUAAAUAAUCCUGAUUUUAUGAGUGGAGAUCCAAUUGCAAUUGGAGGAGACUCAUUAAUUUAUAAAAAUAUUUUAUUUGGUCAAGAGGUUGCAAUAAAAGUUCCUAAGAAUACGCCCAAUUUAGAAACACUGUGAAAAGAACUAAAAAUGGCCAUGCUUUCUCAUCAUAAAAAUGUUUUGGAUAUUUUAGGUGUUGUCAUAAGCGAUAAUAAAAUUGGGAUUAUAUCUGAAUAUUGCGAACGUGGAACAUUAAAACAAUAUUUACUGGAGCAUAGCAUAGAAAUAACAGAAAAAGACAAGCUGAAUCUUCUAAUUGGAGCUAGUUAUGGCUUAAUGUGAAUCCACUUAAGAGGGAUCUGCCAUCUUGACAUAAAACCUCAAAACAUUUUAAUUGAUAAAUUUAACACUCCAAAAAUAUGUGAUUUCAAUAUCAGCGAAUUUCAAAGUAGCAAAACAACAACCAAGGGUAAGUGCACACUUAUAUAUGCUUCUCCAGAACAAUUACAGGCAAAAAUAAUUGACAAAUCUUCUGAUAUUUGAUCAUUUGGUAUGACAAUGUUUGAGAUCUUUUUAAAUGAAAAACCAUUUGAAAGAAAUAUACAAAUUACAAAUCAACAAGGAUUGGAGUAUUUUAACGAACGGCAUCAAGAAUUUAUGAGUAAUUUGGCAUUUAAAAGGUGAAAACCUUUAAUAAUAGCUGAAUUUGAAAGAAAAUUCCCUUUUAUUUGUUCAAUCAUCAGAGAAACUUGAUCGUUCGAUAAAUCUUUAAGGCCUUCUUCAAAGAAGAUUAAUUCUGAGCUAAGAGAAUGCGAAUUGAUAAUGGGAUCUAGUGAAAAUAUUAAUUCUUAA